CCGUGGGCUGCUGGGCACAGGACCCGGCAUCCAGCUGCGCUGCAGUGGGGCUGCAGAGAGGUCUCGGGGAUGCUUCACUUCGCAGUGCGCCCAGCCUGAACACCUGGCAUGCCGCUUCCAUGGCCUUCCCUGAGCUGGAGGUUGGGAAGGCUCCUGGGUGCCUUGCUCUGGGCCACGGGGCUGCUGCGGGGCUGUGAAGGCAGCAGGCUCUUUGCAAGCCUGCUGCCAUGAGGAGAAGGCAGGGUUGCAGGGUGGAGGGCCUCCCAGGGCAGCCUUGUCCCUGGGAGCUUUGGCAUCCCUCCCUGCAGAGCGUCCACCGGGCAAGCUCAGCAUCCAGCCCGACCCUAAGGACUGGCAAUUAAACCAAAAGAAGCCAAGAUGGGCAUGCACGAGGGCCAAGCCUGUCUCACCACCACCGGGCCUGGCUAGCCAAGCCUGCUCCAAGGGGACAACAGGCUCUGGCUGUUUUCUCAUCCUGAAGGAAUUCGGCUCCAUGGGCCAGGCAUUUUUUUUUUCCCCUCCUUUCUCUCUCUCUCUCUUUGGAGACUUUCUGCAUUCUGCCUUUGAUCUUCCCCCUGUGUUUGCCCAGUCGAUCAGCUCAGACAGGGUUAGAGUCUGAGGUCAGCGCCUUUUCCAUUCCAAAUACCCAGAAACAUCAGUGAGAAGGGAGGGGAUUCAGAUUACAACCUUCCCGUCCUCCUCUUCCAACCCCCUGCCCCAGACGCGCACCAGCCCGGUCCUGCGCCGCUGCCCGCUCGCUCCGCUGGGCGCGCGGUGGUGCCUGCGGCAAGCCGAGGAGCUCCGCGCCAGCCGCUUGGUGCCCGCAUGGUCGCACCCUCCUUGCCUUGGCUCGCUGCUGAGCUGGGGGCUUAAGAAAACCUGAAGUCUGGGGUGCUCGGGAUGGACUGACUCGUUCCACAAGCACCUGGAGGAACUCUGUGGAGGGGGGGGUGGAUGAACUGCUCGUGUCACCCACCAACCUGGAGGCACACGCCUGGAGACCUCUCUGAGGACAGCACUGCUCCACGAUGCUGUUUCGAGCACUCUGAGACUUUCCGCCAGGCAAGCUCAGCAUCAGCAAUGGAUGGAGGUGCUGGGCAUCAUCUCUGGAGGCACAGCAUGCACUGGAUGUGCUAGCUCACAGAGGUUUGGACCGCAUCUCCUCCUCUUUGUCCCCUCACCUGCCUUUUCUUUUCCUCCUUCCCCACCUCCAUUCUGCAUGCGAUUUGUUUUGUGAGCCACUCAAGCCAGGCAAGGCUCUGCCAAGCAGGGAGCAGGCAGCCAGUGCCACAGGGCACCAGGGCAGCCAGAUGUCUUGCAGGAGCUUCAGCGGCCAGAGACUAAAAAAGCAAACAAGCGGGCUGCAGCUCGACGGGGCAGACCUGAUGCUAGUCGUGCUCGUCUUGCCUUUCCUGGCCACCGUGGCAGAAGGGCUGAGCCUGCAGCCGCUCAGGAUGCGGCACCUGGGCGUGUGCCCCAACCAGCUCAACCCCAACCUGUGGGUGGACGCGCAGAGCACCUGCGAGCGGGAGUGCCACACGGACCAGGACUGUGAGGGCUUUGAGAAGUGCUGCACCAAUGUCUGUGGGCUGCGGAGCUGCGUGGCAGCUCGCUUUGCUGAUGGAAGUCUCUCACCCCUGGAUCAAGCUCAAGAAGCCUCGUGCGAGAGCUUUGUGUGCACGCAGCAGGGCUCAGACUGCGACAUCUGGGAUGGGCAGCCCAUCUGCAAGUGCAAGGACCGGUGUGAGAAGGAGCCCAAUUUCACCUGCGCCUCGGAUGGCCUCACUUACUACAACAAGUGCUACAUGGACGCCGAGGCCUGCAUCCGGGGAAUCAGCCUCACGAUGGUGCCGUGCAAGUACAUUUUCACCUGGCCCAACACCAGCCCCGUGCCCCAGGAGACCACCGCUCGCCCCACGCCAGGGGCUGGCCCUGAGGUGCCCAUUCCCCCUGCCCUCUACAACAACCCCUUCCACCAGUCUGUCUACAUGGGUGGCACAGUCAGCUUCCACUGCGACGUCAGUGGGCGGCCCCGGCCCGACAUCACGUGGGAGAAGCAGAGCGACCAUGAGGAGAACUUCAUCAUGAGGCCAGAUCAGAUGUAUGGGAACGUGGUGAUCACCAACAUCGGGCAGCUGGUCAUCUACAAUGCCCAGUACGAGGACUCUGGCAUCUACACCUGCACUGCAAGGAACUCUGCUGGGCUUCUCCGGGCCGACUUCCCUCUCUCCGUCAUCAAACGAGAACCUGGCAGCGGGGAGCCGCGGCUGGGCAGCACCCAGCCCUUCCCCAACGCCGAGUGCCUCAAGGAGCCCGACAAGCGGGACUGCGAAGCCCAUGAGGUGCGCUGGCAUUUUGAUGCCAAGAAAGGCUCCUGCCUCACCUUCCGCUAUGGUGGCUGCGGGGCCAACCGGAACCACUUUGAGACGUAUGAGGAGUGCCGCUCGGCCUGCGUGAGCAACGCCGUCCACACCUGCCUCCUGCCCAUGGUGCAGGGCCCCUGUAAGAACUGGGAGGCCCGCUGGGCCUAUAACCAUCUCAUGAAGCAGUGCCAUUCCUUUGUCUAUGGUGGUUGCGAAGGCAACAACAACAACUUUGACAGCAAGGAGACCUGUGAGGAUGUCUGCCCCUUCCCUAAGAACCUGCAGUGCAAGACCUGCCGCCUGAAGAACAAGAUGGUGCUGAGUUUGUGCCGUAGUGACUUUGCCAUUGUAGGACGGCUCAUGGAGAUCAUCGAGGACCAGGACUCUGGCAUCGCCCGCUUUGCCCUCGAAGAUGUCCUCAAGGACGAGAAGAUGGGCCUCAAGUUCUUCAACAUCAAGUACUUGGAAGUGACCUUGACUGACAUGGACUGGAACUGCCCUUGCCCCAACAUGACCACAGACGAUGGCCCACUCAUCAUCAUGGGUGAGGUGCACGAUGGUAUGGCCAUGCUGGACCCCAGCAGCUAUGUCCGAGCAGCCAAUGACAAACGUGUGAAAAAAAUCUACGAGUUGAUCGAGAAGAAAACCUGUGAUCUCCUGAACAGGUUCCAGGACUAGGGGAGGGCAGGGGGCAGCAGGGACACAUAGACAUGAGGGCAGGUGUCACCCCAGGCAGCCUCUCUGGCCAGCCACAUGCAGUGCCACAGACUGACCUCAAGAGGGGGAAGCAGUCUGGCAGAUCCCACAAACCAGUGUUUUUAUUUAGUAAUUAUUAUCAUUAUUUUGUAAUUCCCUCUCUUGCGCUGAGCUCUGGCCCAGCCCAUCUCCCUUGUAAUUUAUCUGUCUGUGUGCCCUCCCUGUGUACCCUUCCAGCCCAGAUACUAUCAAUAAAAGACUGGGUUAGGUUGGAGAGGGGUGAGAGGUCUUCCAGCCCCCGCAACCUUCCCACAGCACCAAA